GAAAGCAACCGAGUUUUGUCCUGGCCGCCGCUGAGCUCAAGUUCAUAGUACCUUGCCUGUCAGAUCCAUGCAUGGCACGGGCAGGCUCCAUGUGCCCGCUAUGUGGCCUACUACUUUGCCUUCCCGUGGCCUUCGGUGCUGAAGUUGUGGUAGAUGCGGAGGGCACCAUCCGAGACCGUCAGCUGGUGAGACGAAAGUCGGCGACCUUCUCAGCCCCAGAAGGAAAAGAGCUGAAGUGCCCCGAGAGCGACAAAGUCCCGCUUGGCGAGGGCUGUAUGUGCGAAGAUGCGAGCUGCGAGAAGGGCAAGUUUUGCUACGCCUUGGACAGCAAAGCGGAGUGCCAGGACAAGACCAGGGAGGAUCCCUCCCUGCUGGACUUGUACGGCGCAACUGCGAACGGGCCCCACGAUACAAAGGACAAGGGCCAGCUCAACGGAAGGCGCGUGAAGUUUUUCAAGAAGUCGGAGAAGAGUGGCUUGAGAAUCUACUACUCUGACAACCAACGGGUCUACGGCCAUACCACCGCCUCCGGACGUUGGGAGAUCAAGAUCGAUGGGAAGAGCUGCCCAAGCGGCCAGCUCUCCAAAGACGUCUACGUGUACAAGGGCCAGAACCCCCACCGCGUCAGAGGCUUCGGGGGCUUCUGCUCCGGUGUCGGCAAGGGUGCCCACGAGGUGUCGGUGCACGUGGGGCCAACACCUGGGUAUUCAAGCUACGACUGCGACACAGGCUACAAGAGCUUCUACAGCAAGGAACACACUUGGCACGUGGAGGUUCAAGAGGUGCCGGAGGACUAUCCCUUUUAUGCCCAAGCCUCCGGAGCCAGCGGGGACGGCCGCGAUACGGGCCCCAUCGACAAGCGCGUGGUCAACUUCAAGAAGCGCCUCGCAGACAGCCGGGUGAGGCUCUUCUACUCGGACAGCCUCCGGGUGGCGGAAAGCAAGAAGAGCUGUGGCUGCCGCUGGCACCUGCGCAUCGACGGGAAGGCCUGCCCCUCUGGCCCCAUCAUGGGCGACGUGUACAUUCGCAAGGGCGAGAACAAUCACCGGCCCAGAAGCUUCAUCGGCUACUGCGAGGAUCUCAGCGAAGGAUCCCACAAGGUGGACGUUGAGGUGUCGACGGUGCCGGGGUAUACGACUUGCAACUGCUACACGGGGUGGCACCCCACUGGCCACUUCGUGCUGGAGGCGGAGGAGAUUCCGAAGCACUACAAGAUGGUGCACCACAUCACCAACUACCUGGGUGACGGAGCGGACAAGGGCUACUUGUCGAAGUACAAACUCUCCUUCACGAAGCAGCACAAGGACACCAGGCUCCGCCUCUUUUACAGCGACAACCUCAAAACCAAUUCCCAGGGCUCCGGAAACAACUGCGCGUGCCAAUGGGAGAUCCACAUCGAUCAGAAGGUGUGCCCGAGCGUGGAGAUUUUCGGGCAGGUCUAUACGCACCUGAAAGACCUCAAGAUCGGAAGCACCAAGAUCUAUUUUCCUGAUGGCAGCCCUGAGCGUAUCCGGAGCUUUGCGGGCUUCUGUGAUGGCAUCGAGCCGGGGGACCACACGGCUCAGAUCUAUCUCCGGCAGAUCAAGUCAGGCUGCGAUUGCUACACCACUUGGAAGAACAGUCCGAGUGGAAAAGGCGCCUCGGGCACUUUGGAGGUCCACGAGUUCUGGCGGCCCUGUGGAGAGAUGACGAAGGAAGCCGAUUGCGCAGCGCCAAAGUGCUACUGGAAGGACGGCACAUGUGUGGACCUCGUGGAGUGCCCGGGCAGCGACAAGGUGGCGGUGGGCGGGGCCUGCCGCUGCGGCAAAGAGGACGUCGCCGCGGGCAAGUACUGCUACGCCGAUAUGACGGUGGGCGACGCUGCGAAAGAAGACCCCAAAGAAGAGAAGAGCGGGUCAUAUAGCGGCAGCAUUUGGCUCGCUCUCUCGUUUAUGAUGUUGCAGUGAAGCCAGAGCCAGCAGGGCCCUCCUCAUCCCCUUGCCCUUUUGAAGCUGGAAGCAAACCGGAUUGGACCCCAGGGCGUGAACCAGCCGACUUUCCCAAAAGGUUCAGCCACGAGUUCCGGCGAUUCGCCAGCAAUGUAUCGACAAGCUGUGUCUGGGAGAUUGGCGGUCAAAAAGGCGAGGGGCUAGAUAUGAAUAGUAUAUGAACACCAAAGCGGACCCUGUUUUUGCACCCCCAACUUGUUUCUGGGGCCAUCGCAGGCAGGCUCGGGUUUGGAAAACCAGGGUCCCAGUACUGUAAAAUACGAUGGCGCGAGAGAUGGACAGAGAAAAGCCAAACUGCAAGUCAGGGCCUCUGUCGUUGUGACCAGUGUCGUUCAUGUGUGAUCUCCGAUCCCAGCCUGCGGCGGACGGAAUUGUUCGGUGCAGGGAUCGAUCGGCACGGAUGGGUGCA